AUGGCGUUCAAUGGUGCCAUGACCUCAUGGAAGUUCAAGAAACAAGCCUCAGUUGUGAUCCACGAAAGCUUUUACUACUGGUUGAAACGAAAUGGGUUUACGAACGAGGAGUUGAAGCAAGUGAAAGAAGCGACCCAAAAAACGACGAUGUACGUACUCGCUCAUAAGCUGACCGACGUCCGUGACACCGAGGAGAUGAUCAAGUUGCAGUCAAUAGAAAAGCAAAAGCUAGUGGUCGCCGUACUCCAACAAUCCACCGCAGCAAUCAUUGCAGCACAUGAGGCGGAGUUUCUUGUACUCCGAGUGAUGUGCGCGAGAUUGCUCUUUAACUGGGGUGCACAAGACGUCUACAAACUAGGUAACGUGAUUGCCAAGAACGGUCGACUGUGA